AUGACCCAAACGACAGAAGAAUUUAGUAUUGCUUCGGAACGAUGGCAGGUGUUGGAAAAGGAACGGUUGGAAAUACGUCGACAGCGAGAAUUAAUUGAACAUCGAAUCGAUUUGAGGUAUCAUUCCGAGGCAGGUCUAGAGCAUCACAAAUCGGACUACAUGAAACGAUUACUCAAAAAAGUCGAGGAGAAUUUUGAAAAGAGUAAAAUUCGGAAUCGAAAAUUGCUGGCAAGAGCGGAGCAAGCACUGAAUGACGCCAAUAUGGCACAGUCAACACAUCUUGUGAGCUCAAAAGUGAAAUUGGAGGUUGCGAAGAAACAAUUUUUACAAAAUUUUCAAUUAAGGCUUCAUGAGUUCGAAGCACUGUCACGACAAGAAAAGUUACGACAAAUUCGAAAAGCUGAAGAGGAAAUUGAAUUACAAAAACAAAAAUCAAGAACCUCUCAACUUGAAUGGGAGAGAGAAAAGAAACUCAACAAUGAUCUUCAAGAAAAGGUGAAAGAAUUAAUUAUAACAAAGGAACAAGCCAAAAAAGAUGCUAUUGAAAGAGAAGCGGAACGAAAAUCAAUCCUAUAUGGAGAAAGGAAUAUUCAGAAAAUGUCAGAACAAGCAUCGCUGGAAGCUUCCAAACGUUUUAUGGAAAAACAAGAAAAAAAGAAAAAGAUGGAAGCAACGGAUGGAAAGGAAAUUAAGAAUGUGAUUGAUGACGUUUAUGAAGGAAAAAUUGCGAACGCAAGAGAAAAAUUCGUCACAGCAGCUAUCAUUCCGAAUAGGUCGGAUGAUUUAUAUUACAAUGAUGGAUACAGCAGCAUGGAAGAAAACAAACUGUAA